GUUAGAGGCAGAAGCUGGCCCUGGGGUCAAGGCUGGAAAGGGCAUUUUAAGCCAAACCCAAGGGGCAUACAAAGGCAGGAGGCGGGAAAACAAAGAAUUUUUUGGGCCAGAUGGCUUUUGUAUGGGGAGAUUAAUGCCUUGCAUCCCACAAAGCUGAGGUCUGUUUCAGGUGGGAGAACAUUCACUACUGGAAAACAGCCAGAGGGGGCAUGCCCACAGCCCAAGUUGUUCAAGUUUAGGAAAUGACUGAGCAUGUUUCCUGUGAGAUCUGACUUCUUUCUCAUUCAUCUGCGGUGUGCCCAAGGCCACCUCACACCGUCUCCACCUGCCCAGCUGAGGACAAGCUCAAGGCUGGACACAGAGGCAGACCAGUCUUUGGUAUUUGGUGGGUUUCAGGAGAAAGGGCAAGGUCUAACCUCAGGUCAGGCACCCGGAAUGGGGCAGAGCCCUUGCCCUGGGCAUGACCCGACCUUCUCUAGUGGUCGAAACGGCCUUGUUACCAAGCUUGCUGCGGGGGCGAGGUUGGGACUGGCCCCUCGCUCAUUGGUCGGCAGAGAAGUGCUACCGAGAACCCUUGUUAUCAGAGGCUAGAAAGAGAGCCCAUUGGUCAGGACACCUCACAAUAGCCCCCCGCAGCACGCAGGGUUCUUCUGAUUGGUUCGCUGUCUGCCUCGGGAGACACCUGUUGCCUAGACCCCAGGCGGGCUACUUGGUGCCCUGAAACCGAGCAUUCCCAAGCCCAGUCUUGUUCCCCAUUGGCUGCUGUGGGGGCCGCCGCCAUCUAAUGACGAGGGAGGCGCUGAGUCCCGGAGCGCGCGCCCCCUGCGGCGGGAUCUAGGGCCGCGGGGACUGCAGGUGCAUAAGCUGAGUGCAAGGCCCGGGAGCCCGGCACUCCUGCAGAGGACCCCGUUCUCUCUCGGGACCUGGCCUAGGGCCCAGCCCCGGCCUGCGCUUGGGGAGCUCUGCCUCUCCAACCUGGAACCCGACCCGGAAGGCCUCAGUAAGUUCGAAGCAGCCACGCGGCGUGGGAACCCACUCCCGGCGGCAGAGAGGGGCCUCCCGACUGCUGUGUGUGCGGUCCGCGCCUCUGUUUACUUCUCGUCCUAAUUGUUGACCUACACCUGAGUGUUUAUCCGUUCCUUUACCGGGCUUUCUGGGGCUGCCCCGGCGGCUGCCUCUCCAAGCCCUUUGCCCCGACGGCAGUGUUUGGAAGCCCCGUGCCACAAAGAAUUCGGAUUGAGACCCCAGCGGAGGAGUGGUGGGGACAAGGGUGAAAGCCAGGCGGGACAAUGUUCUACUAUCCCAACGUGCUUCAGCGCCACACUGGCUGUUUCGCCACCAUCUGGCUGGCAGCGACUCGUGGCAGCCGGUUGGUGAAGCGCGAGUACCUGAAGGUGAACGUGGUGAAGACCUGUGAGGAGAUCCUCAAUUACGUGCUGGUACGAGUUCAGCCCCCGCUGCCCGGCUUGCCUCGGCCGCGCUUCUCCCUCUAUCUGUCAGCCCAGCUGCAGAUCGGCGUGAUCCGGGUCUAUUCUCAGCAAUGCCAGUACCUCGUAGAGGACAUCCAGCACAUCCUGGAGCGCCUACACCGCGCGCAGCUGCAGAUCCGCAUGGAUAUGGUGGAGACUGAGCUACCCAGCCUGCUGCUUCCUAACCGCCUGGCCAUGAUGGAGACCCUGGAAGGUGCUCCAGACCCCUUUUUUGGGGUGAUGUCUGUGGAUCCCACACUUCCCAGCCCCUUCAGUAUCCCUCAGAUUCGACAGCUCCUAGAAGCUGCAACCCCAGAGAGGGAGCUUGAGGAGGCCCCGCCUGAAGUCCCCGUGGAGCCUAGGAAGCCUGACAGGAUCCCGGUCACUGUGGUGUCUCCAGAGGCCAUCACCCUCCAGGAGGCAGAGCCCAUCCGCAUGCUGCAGAUCGAGGGUGAACAGGAUCUCCCAGAGGUCAGCCGCCGGGACCUGGACCUGCUGAUUGCUGAGGAAGAUGAAGCGAUCCUGUUAGAGGAACGGCGAGGCAGGCCUCCCCGGGAGCGAAGGGCACGUCCGGCCCCAGAGGAGUACAAGGAGGAGCCCCGGGCCCUGGAGGGGGAAAUGGCAGUACCCCCGCUCUCACCUCCAGCUCUCGCACCGGUGGAAGAGGCAGCAGAGCCACUUCCGGUCCCAGCCCCCGAGGAGGUGAAGCCAGUAGGCUGGGAGCCCGAGGCUCUACUUACUGAGGUGACCCCACCACCAGAGCUGCGUCUGCCAGCCCCACUCAGCCCAGAGAGGCGGCAGCCUCCAGUGCCCCCAUAUCCUCGGAGUCCGCCUGCUCGCCGCCGCCGCCGCCGCCGCCAGUUAUUGUUCUGGGACAAGGAGACUCAGAUCUCCCGGGAGAAAUUCCAGGAACAACUGCAAACCAGAGCCCACUGCUGGGAGUGUCCAAAGGUGCAGCCUCCCGAGAGGACCAUCAGGAGUCCCAUGGAGCUAUUCCGAACCCCAACUCAUGCUGGCUGGCUCCCCCCAGAACUGCUGGCUCUCUGGACCCACUGUGCCCAGCCACCCCCAGAAGCACUCAGGAGAAGGCCACCCCCAGAGCCUGAGGAGGAGGUGGCAGCUGAGGAGGAAAGGAGGAUGGAAACUCUGAGCGAUAUUGAGGUCCCAAGGGAGGCCCAGGAGCCCAGCGGGCCCCUCAUGCUGUCUUCAGAGCUCUCUCUAGAAGCAGUGGAGGAAGAGAAGUCCCGCAUCAGCCUCAUCCCCCCAGAAGAACGCUGGGCCUGGGCUGAGGCAGAGCAGCCCGAGCCCCCUGCACUGCCUGUGGUGCCUGAGGUCCCGGAAGUGGCCCUGGAGCUGCCUUUAGUGCUGCCCCUGGAGCCCGAGCUGCUGUCACUGGAGGCCCUGUACAGGGCUGUGGCCCAGGAGCUGCAGGCCAACAGGGAACCCGAUUUCGACAGCCUGGUGUCCCCACUCAGCCCCCGCCGGAUGGCCGCCCGGGUAUUCUACCUGCUCCUGGUGCUGGCGGCACAGCAGAUCCUCCGCCUGGAACAAGAGAAGCCAUACGGGCGCCUCCUGAUCCAGCUGGGGCCCCGGUUCCACUGCGCUUAGAACUGACAAAGCUGCCAGGAAACUGGCCACAUUAAACCCAUCUUGCCUGCCUUGA